AUUACGCCAAGAACGUAGCUUCUACAGCCAAAACGAUAUGAUCCAGCAAGUUUAUAUAAUCAUUUCCGGGAACUUCCAGACGGUGACCUCAUUGCAUGACUCUCUAAAAAUAUCCUAUAGGAACCGUGACUUAUGAAUAUAUUACAAUACACUCUCCGAAUAUCUGAAUCAGCAUCUUUUCUUAUGUAGAUUGCUGUGGCUUUGAUGUUUGUUUUUAGUUUUGUUUGUUUGUUUUUAAGAGAAUUUCAAGGUUUCAAAGAGUCGCCAACGAUAGGCUUGCAACGCGAGCGCGCUUCCUUGCGAGUUCAAGUUUUAGUAGACAACUGAGCUAUAAGCUCUGCCUGUUUGACACUAGUGGCCAUUGAUUCAAGUACUAUUAGUGGCAUUCAACAGAGCCGAUGAAUUGAUAGUAAAUAUCCCUUGCAACUCUUGUUCGCUUCUACCCUGCAUAUGGAAGCAGAGUGUUAUWAUUCGAAGAUAGGAAAAUAUCACUUACAAGGUAGUCCACAAAGUCUCGCACCCAUCAGCCAUUACGUGAGGUCAAAGACGAUUGUCAAUAAUUAACAGACGAACAACUUCGUUUCGCAACACAAACAUCACUGUUACAACUACUGCUGUUUACAAUUUGCUCUUCUUAAAAAUGAAAUCYCGAAUUCAAGGACAAAUGGUGUGCAUCAAAUACUUCAUGUUUGUAUCAAAUGCYAUUGUAUUUAUUAGUGGUCUUGGUCUCGUUACAAUCGGAGGACUUGGAGAAAUUCUAUACGGUGACAUCGACCACAUCUCUCAAGUUGGUUUCUCCUCUGCCUCGGCAAUUAUCGUAAUUAUUGGAUGUUUUAUUGUAAUUGUUGGUUUAUCAGGUUGUUAUGGAGCAAUACGAGAAAGCAUCRAUACAUUGAAGGUGUUUUCUUACUUGCUCGUUCUGAUAAUAAUCCUCGAAAUAGCUCUAAGUACCUGGAUUUAUUUUGCCCACAUAAAGGUGUUCACAGUCUUGCAAAGUUUUCUUUCUAAAGUCCUCAGUCGUUACGAAAUGGACCACGAUGUCCAACGUCUCAUAGAUGACGUCCAGUCWAAGUACUCGUGUUGUGGGGCCGCAGGAUACGRAGAUUGGUUUAACUCAAAAUGGAAUCAAAAACGUCAAAAUUUCAGUAUAAGUAUUUGGAUUGAUAGUGUUCCUCACUCCUGUUGCCUACAGAAUACAUCGCACUUAAAAACAUGUGGUGACAACAUUGGUACUCCUUCUAAACCAGUUUCAAAGUUCAUUCAUACAGAGGGAUGCUUUCAUUAUCUUCAGAAUAUUAUCUUACKUCAUAUGGGGACUGCUGUUGCCCUUGGAGCAGCUGUUGUUAUGCUUGAAGUAAUGGCGCUGUUGUCAGCUUGUUGUUUACGUCGUGCAGUUAAAGCUGGUGUGAACAGGGAAAUCGAGGAUACAGUAGGUUUGGUUGUAUGAUCACUUUGUACAAAAAGAAUAGCAUAUUGCACAAAAAUAUGGGACAGGGACUUGGAAAUACUUUCUUUGUGAAAAGAUGACUGCUAUAUCUCAGGAGGAGCCGACGGGUUCCUGGGAGAAAUAUAUCUGUUCUUAUGUCCCAGCCAGCUGUAAGUCACAACUGGU